GCCAUGUCCAUCUUCACCCCCACCAACCAGAUCCGCCUCACGAACGUGGCCGUGGUGCGGGCGCGCCGCGCCGGRAAGCGCUUCGAGAUCGCCUGUUACCGCAACAAGGUCAUGGGCUGGCGCAGCGGCGCGGAGAAGGACAUCGACGAGGUGCUGCAGACGCACACGGUGUUCGUGAACGUGUCCAAGGGGCAGGUGGCCAAGAAGGAGGACCUCGUGAAGGCCUUUGGCACCGAUGACCAGACGGAGAUCUGCAAGAUGAUUUUAUCGAAAGGGGAGUUGCAGGUAUCGGACAAGGAGCGACACACUCAGCUGGAGCAGAUGUUCAGAGACAUUGCGACCAUUGUGGCUGACAAAUGUGUGAAUCCUGAAACAAAGAGACCGUACACAGUAAUCCUGAUAGAAAGAGCUAUGAAGGAUAUUCACUACUCUGUCAAACCAAACAAGAGCACAAAGCAGCAGGCCCUGGAAGUGAUCCGUCAGUUAAAGGAGACCAUGCAAAUCGAGCGUGCUCACAUGAGGCUGCGAUUCAUCCUCCCACAGAAGGAGGGAAAGAAACUGAAAGAAAAACUCAAGCCACUCAUCAAAGUUAUUGAGAACGAGGACUUCCACGAGCAGUUAGAAAUUGUGUGCCUUAUUGACCCUGGCUGCUUCAGAGAGAUUGAUGAGCUGAUCCGAUGUGAGACAAAAGGGAAAGGAACGCUUGAGGUGCUCAGUCUGAAAGACGUGGAAGAAGGAGAUGAAAAGCUYGAAUGAAGAAAACCUUUUAGGAACAGUACUUCUCUAACAACACUGUCAUAAGGGACUGGUAUUAGCCUCUCUAUUCUCUUAGGCUUUCAUGUUUCCGAUCUCUUGCUGCCAAAUAUUUUCUGACACUAAUUAUUUGGGAUUUUUCCAUGCAGUGUUCUUUAUUAUUUUACACUUGCUUGGGUUUGCCUAUAGGAAUAGUUUGUGUCGGAGCUGCACUAAUAAGGACCGAGUUAAGAUCUGACUUGGAAAUUACUGUGGCUUUUUUUGCUGUAAGGGUUGUGAUUGAAGACUGACUGAUACAGUGCCAAGUAAUUAUUGAUUUUAAUUGUCAGUAUUGAGUGGAAGACUUCAUAUGUCUCUGAGGGGCAGGUUUUGUAUGUGAGGAGAGAAACCUUUAAAAUAGUGCAUUUUUAAACAAAUGCGAAGUAUGGAUAGUAUAUAAAGUAAUUUCUUGGCAGCACAAAAAAUGACUCACUGAGAUUUUAAAAAAUGGUAAUGUAGAGAAAACGUUCUCCAAAUAAAUUAUUCRUAAAGUAUAUUUAGCUACAUUAAUAACAAUAUAAAAAGAAUUAUCAUCUAUUUAUGUAUUAUAGACAAAAAGUGAUUAUUUUUGUUAUGGCAUAGGAGCUGUCUGGGGCUGUGGUUGCUUUUAGUAAGCUAGUGGGAUGGUCUGCAUUGCUGAACUGCUCUCAUUCAGGUGGGGAAAUGAACCACGUCCUGAGGAGGCCAUGGCCUGGGGCCAUGGAGCUAGAGGGACUUUGUUGGACCCUGAUUCCCUAGUGGUAAACGUUGUGUGUGUCCCUCUUCUUUUUUGGUACAAGAGUAAUUCUGGCUGCUCUCCUUUAUCCUGCGUCUUUUUAUGCUACUUUCUAAUGUGCACACAGAAUUUCCAACCAGAUCCUGAGGCACAGUGCAUAGUUCUUGGUAGUUCUAUUAAAAUUCGCUUCAGCCCUGUUAAGCCAAGGCCUUUAACUUUUAUGUUUCAAAGAAGGCGAGGUGGAGAAGAAGAAAAAAAUGGGAAAAUAGGUACUAAAAAUAUAAACCAUCAUUCAAAGCGUGUAUCCUCGGGUGAAUCGAAGUUAAACCAGGAGGAACYUAAAGAGCCUUUCCUAUUAUGUACCCAUUCCAAUGACUGCACACAGCAAAUCAGGCUGUGCUAGCUGGACCACAGCGUGAUCUCUGUUUCCCAUUAGCAGUGCACUGGAUUCCGUGUUGGCUCUCUGCUCCUAGAGCAUGUGACUGUGCCUGUUACAUGACAAGUGGGCAGAGCUCGAGUUCCUGCCGUUGACAGGACCUUUUCCUUUGUAUCAUUUACAGAUGUUGGGAAUUUUUUAGAAUGUCUGCAGGGAAAUUUGAAGUCAAGUGGAGAGAGAGAGAGAGAGACAUUUUGACACGUCAGCUGCAGAGCCUGUGACUAGCUCUUAGUCCUUCGGCAAGGUUAGGUUCAAUUUCUUUAUAAUAUUUUAGGACUUGCACCUAUGGUGUCUGAGUCCAUGAAGGGUGCUAAAAGGAAUAUUUUCCACUUCCCCCAAAUAAGCUUCCAUGGAUUUAAACGCUGCCUAGGAAAGUUUGGUGGCAUAACGAGUGUAUUUGCCAUGCAGACA